AUGGACAGUGACGAGCGGCAGCUUCGGGCUGGCGAGCACCGAAACCCCAGUGCGGACUGGGAGGACUUUUUCCGUGCACUAGAGCAUGCUCUGGAUAGCUGCCAGCAGUGCCUCACAAAAGAACGCGACCAGAAGCGUGCAAUCAUGGAUACGCUUCGGGCGAAGCAGGAACGUGAGCGCGCGCUCGAACAAAGUCUGCUUCGCCUGGAGGAGGAGUACGCACGUCUUGAAGGAGCCUGGCUGAAUGCCGAGACAUCUGCCGCAGAGGCUUCAUCGCGUGCCAGCGAGCUGGAAAAACUUCUUGCGGAACAAGAGUCUGCCCUGGAAGACCUCAAACGGCGAGAGGCAACUUUGUUGGCGCGCACCUCGGAGCUGGACGUGCACUCUGAGGUUACAAGUCGACUCGCUGCAGCUGAACGCGAAAUCGAGCAGCUGCAGCGUGCGCUCACCGAGCGGACGCGUGAACUUGCUGAAGUCCGAAAAGCGCAUAUACGGAGCACGGCGGAUACGGAGGCACAGAUCCACACGCUCGAGUCGACGUGUGAACAGCUGGAAGCACGUCUUGCAGAGGAGCGCUCUCGAGUCCGUAUCGCACGCGAGGAGCAACAGGAGCUUGAGCGAGAGCGCGUGCGGCUCGAGGGCGAAGUCGCUGCUGCUCGAGCUCAGCUCGAAGAUGUGCUCAGCAAGGCAGGUGAGGAAGUCUGCGUGUGGAAGGAUACGUGUGCAGCGCUGGAGAAAGAGCGGGACGCCUUGCAUGCUCGCGUGCUAGCGUUCGAGAAAGCGUCUUCAUCUUCGACGACGAUGAAUGCUGGUGCUGACGCUGGCCCCACAACGGGACCUGCGACCAUGUCGCCACUGGGGAAGCGGCCUCGACGCUCCUUGCUGGCAUCACCCGCACAACGGGUCCCGGUGGAGACGAGGGAUCCCCGGAGCGGACGCCCGUCGCCUUUCUUUGGCUCCGUCCAGAGGCGCCUGCUGCAGACGCCGACGCUUCGCUCGCCCGUUUCUUACGUCUUUGCUGAAGACGGCAUUGCAGGUGCAGCGGCGGACAAGGCCACACCGGCGACGGUGGCGGCUAUUCCGUCGGAGGCAUCCUGGGAGCGGCUCGCCCGCGAGGGCCGUCACCUCUCCUACAUGCGCUCGCUAUUGGGCGAACUUGAAGCGCGUCUGCCGCUGUUAGAGGAGCAGAAGCGUCGGUUUCAGUUUGUCAUCGCACAGUUCGAUCGGAUGCAUCGGGCACUGCAGGAGUCGGAGCUUGCAACAGAGCACUGGAAACAACGAGCCGCCACUGUCGAGCGCGAGCAAGCGCAGCUCAACGAGCAGCUUCAGCAGUACAAAGACGCUUUUGAGCACCAAAAACAACGCAUCCAAGAGCUGGAGGGUCUUGUAGCGUCCACAGAAGCAUCGACAGGCGCCACUGCGUCGAUGACGGUACCAGCGCACCAGCUUGCCCAGCUCGAAGCCGAACUCGAACACAUACGCCGACAACGCCAGGAGUUUGAAGCGGUGGUGAACGCUGUCGUGAAACAACGUGAUCUCUAUCGUCAACUGCUCCUGCGAUCCCUGCGUGGUGAGCAGGUAGCGCCACCCUAG